AACAGUACUUGUCUGUUUGUGUUUUACUGCACAGAGAAGAGAGAGAGAAAGCGCUGCAAUUAAAUCACCUUUGGCACGACCAGAUUUGUGUGGAAAAUCUUUUUAUUAGCAUCAAAAUAACACAACGCAGAGGAAAAACCGUUACACUGGCAAGUCACUAAAUUGGGCGAAAUGAAUCUUUGCUCGGUGGUGCUGCUAUGGCAGAACUUUUGCAUUGAUGAACAGGAAGUGAGUGGCUGACUACUUGGUUCCACCCAUAAUGAGUCACACACUUUAACAAAAGAACCGGCAUUGCGCAACAAGAGGCAGUCUCAUGGCGGUCAUUUCUAGAUUACACUGGUUUCUCACUGCCGUAGUGGAAACUAACGUUUAUUAGCUGACUUCAGGAAGACUGUGCUUCAGACACCAUCAGAAAACAUCCAAAAAGAACCCUAGACUGCAGGUAAACCCUGAACUAACCUACUGUUAGAUUCACUUCAGCUUAAAGCCACACUGCUUUGUAGGGAACUCAUUAACUGUGAUUUUACAGACAUACACGUUUAAAAAAAAUUAGUACUUGGCUUGUGAGUUAAUAUUUGGUUUGAAGCUGUUUAUUAAAUUGUUUUCUGACUUGCAGAUUGACUUUCUGACACUUUUACAACAUCGUAUGAAAGCAUAGCCUGCUAAGCUGAUGUCACUGGUGUCGAACGUGACAACCUUUAAUUUCAGUCAUAGAUAUUAUGGUUUUUCCUGCUUUUAAAUUAUUUACCAGCAAUCGUUGGUUUUCAACUAAGUUUUGAAUGAUGCACACCGUCCUUUAUUUACAGUAGAUAUAAUCACUUAAGUGUAGUCAGGUAUAACGUUUAGGACAAUGGAAAGAGAAUACAAAAGUUGAAAAAGAUCACUCAGACGGGUUAUUAGCGGGAAGACUGAGUAAUGUUUACAUAGUAGCUAACUAAAUCAUCACAUGAGUUUGAUUUGAUGUUGCCUUCCUGACCUAAAAGUUGCUUCAUGGGAAAAAUAUAAGUGUAAAUAUAGCAAUUUUAAUACCUGCUCUUCUGUCUUGUUGUUGUUGUGCUUUUCCUUUUUAUAAUGGCAGAAGAAAGGAAGGUUUGAGUGAUCACUAGGCAAUUCUUUAUUUCUAUAAAUAUAACUUUGUCACUGAUAAGGCAACAGACGUGAUUAGACUCACACUCGCAACCACUGAUUUCAGUAUGUUCAUUUUUUUAGAAUAGAGACAGAUCUUAAGAUAUGAAAAUAUGUUCAGAUAGGUGCCUACCUAAUCUUAGUGGUCAUGUGGUUUGCCAAAAUCAACAGCAAAAAGAUCUUAACUAGUACAUAUUUGCAUUUUGGAAGGAAAACCUAUCACAUGAGCUGAUAUAAUGCAAUAUCUAAACCUUUUUUAUUACACAGAGUUGUGUAAUGAUUAGGCUUCAGUAGCAACAGAUUGCAUCUAGUGGAUUAGUUUACAUUAAUGUAGCGGAUUUGGGUGUGUUUGUACAGGAAGCACCAGAAAUGCAAGGUACAUACCUGCAAUAUAGAUAAUAUAGCAUUACUGUAAAUAUAAUGAAUCAGUCUCAUGAAAUAAUCCCAUUAGGCAAUUAGUCUCAUAAAAUAAUCCCCCUUUUAUUAUGCGGAAUUUUAAUUAGAAAUUCAAAUGACAAUUAAAUAAAUCAAAAAUAAUUAACGUCUCAGUGUUAAAACUUUAACUCAGAGAUAUAAUUAUCAGUGCUUUCUGAAAGCGUCAGUGCUAGCUCUAGCAGCUAGAAGAAAAUCAAAGUGAGAUUCUUUUUUUUUUUUUUAAAAGAUGAUUAGUUUGUAUUUCAACAUAAUGGCAUUGAAUUAUAAUACAGUCGAAACGACACUCAAGUAUAAGAACGUAAACCUUGCCUUUCAACUUGUCACUGGGGUUUUCAAAAUAAAGCGACGAAUGCUGCUAUAGUUACAAACUGACAUGUGGAAAUUGUUCAUUUAGUUUGUACAAUCACAAAGAAACUGCAAAAAGCGUAAACUCCUCUGUCCUAAAGAUAUCCCGAAAAUUUAAAGUGACAGCUUUACCUCUGACGAUUACAAAGCGCUGACACUGGAGACUCCUUCCUUAACUGUUAAAUAAACACAUUUCUCCUUACAGGAGAAAAAUAACUUUACUUCACCAUAUAAAUGAUGAUUUUUUUAGUCUGUUUAUGUGGAGAGUCCCUGUGAAUGAGCUGUUGCUAAAGAAACAAUACAAUCGAGUGCAUUAAUAUAAACCUGUGAUUUGCAGCUACACUAUUGUCAGAGCUGCUGUUACAGAAAAUAAAUCAACACCUUCUGACCAAUCACAAUCCAGAUGGUUUCUGCUAAACACAACAAGGCUGUCUUGCUUUUAAACACCUGCACAGUUGGUUUAGAUGAAACGAUUAGAUGAAAAUACUUCCAUGCGACUUUAAUGAAUAAAAAUAAACAGUAUUUUUAUGGUUGGUUUGGUGCUGCAGUCAUUAAAGGGGUUUGUGGAUUUCUUUUUACAUGUGGUUCCUGGAUGUACAAAGUUCAAGAAUCUGACACACAGAGGUACAGUAGAUGCAAACCAGGGUGCAGACGUUCUUCUAAUAAGGACAUGCUCAGGUGGUUUCAUCUCCUUAUAUGGUCUUCAAAGUUGGUUACCUUAUCAGAAAAGCAGGGAGGGCAAAACAACCCGGUUAACUCCGUCUUCUUUAAUCUUUACUAUUCGAUCUGCACACCUUGUAUGACCAGUAAAGCCACCUGAAGUUACCUUCUCCUUAUAUGGCCUGAGUAAACACAUGUAUACUUGGUACUGUAACCAUGGAGAUGCACGGAGACCAGGGGCAUGGACAAGGUUCUUCCUCUUUCACCCCCUGAGCCACAUGCUCUGAUCAGCUCAGAUUUAAAAAUUUAAAACCAGUUUUAGAAACGUUUUGUUCUGCAGUGUUAGCGUGCGUGUACCUGCAUUGCUCCAGUGUUCAACCGAUUCAGUAUUUUUAUUAAAAAAAUAAAUAAAGGAACUCAUUUGUCAUCUGCAAACUUCAUGCCAUUGGACUAUUUUGCUGUCAAAAAGAAUCAAAAAAAGAGAAAAAAAGAUCUCCAUUUAAGCGAUCAUGUGCAAUCUGUUGGGAACGUUCAUCUUUAUAAUGAUGUUUUAUCCAGGGUCUCAGUUACCUAACCCUGUAGUGAACGUAAACGAGCCCGUCCUGAUCACCUGCAACAGAACAUGCUCAGGUGAUGUUAAAUGGAUGUUGGCGAAGCGGCCUGAGAUACUCGUGAGUGAAUGUAAGAGGGGCGCUUGUGUUGAAGGCCACGGAUUCGAGAACCGAACAAGGCUCGAGCAGGGAAAACUGUCUCUUCACCUGAACGCUGUCAUGUACAACGACAAGGGCUGGUACAUCUGCUACUGCGACAACUCCGAGAUAUGCAAAUCUCAUCUGGAAGUAGUUUUCCCUUAUCCGAAAAACGUUUGCGUCGGAGCGAACGUGACCAUCCCGUGCUACGCUAACACAGACAAGCGUAUCCCUGACGACGACAUCUACAUUCGGUGGGAAAAAGAUGGCAAACUUGUCGUGAAGCUUGAGAAGGAGAAGAUGAGCUACGGUCCAGGUUUCGAAGGUCACGGCUUCAUUACAGCGAGCCAGUAUAAAAACGGAGACAUGUCCCUGACCAUUCCCAAGGUCCAGCAGUCUGACGGAGGAGUGUAUCGCUGUACACACAGACAUGAGGAGGAGGGUCAACCAGAGGCUGUCAAUCUCAGCAUCAGUGAGUGUGAAGCAGUAAAGCAGUCCACUUUUCCAUGGUGGGGAAGUCUGCUGUUGGCUGUUGCCUUUGUGGCUGUUUUUUAUGUUGGUGGACUUUUCAAUAAGUAUUUAAAAUUUUCGAAAUAUUGUAUUACAUUUAUGCAUCAGAAAAGACUAGAAAAACUCCAUGAUAACAAAAGAUGAAUGAUAUUUCUAAGCUUUUUUUCCGAAGAGAAAGCGAGGAAGAAGCCUUGAAGAAAAGAAGGUGAGCAACAGAGGCUGAAGCUUUCACAGCUUCUGCCACUAAUAAAAAAAGGAAGCUGUCACUAUGACAACUGGUGAGUUGGAAUCACAAAAAGCAUUGAACACAUGGGCCUGAAAGUUCAGACACCAACUGCUCUGAACUGCAUAUGAAAAAUCCAAAAUCCAUGUAGCAUCGGGUCCAGAGUUACAUAAACGAUUGUGACGAGGCUGAUGGGAUUUAGAGGGUGUUUGUACUGGCUAUUAGUUCUGAGGCUGAGCUGGAGAAGCCAAACUAUUCGUGAUGAAUCUGUCUUGCUUUUUUUUUUUUCUUUUUAAAGAAAAAGUGUGUCAAUAAGAAGCUCGCACAAAAGUGUAAGUGAGACCAAUUUUUAUGAAGAAGCAAGUGUCACAGAUUCAGUAAAUGGUCAGCCAGCUAACAGUGAUCCACACAUUUUAAAGGCAAAGCCUGAAUCUGAAUAUAUUUUACUAACAUAUAUUUAUAUAUCUAUAUAUAUACGUAUGUUUUUUAAAUAAAACUCGUAGAUUUCUUUGCUAUUAAAAUGUAUCAUGUUGUAAAUAAAUGCUGAUAAAUGCUAAUAAAACAUUAUACUAAUAAAAAAGCUAAAACAAAUUAUGUUAAUAAAAAUUCUGAUAUGUUAAAUCUGCUAUAAUCUGUCACGUUAUGCUACGCGAUUAAAAUCUGUAACUAGUUCUAAUGACAACUUGUAAUUUAAUACUGAUAAGCUAAUGAAAUGUGUAAUGUUAUACUUUGUGGAUAAAUCUGUUGUGAUUGACUUUUAAUGUUAUGCUGUAAUUAAGUUCUGAUUAGCUAAUAAAAUAUAUUGAAAUCUGUCGUGUCGUA